CAUAAGAUCCCUUAUAAAAUGAGCGAUGAAACGUUUGCAAAAACCUUGAUCGGCGACAUACCAUACGCCGACGAAGAUGGGUAUUCGAUUGAUCAAAUACCACAUUCGAGAUUGGUAUCGAAAAUUUCAACGACGAACGAGAAAGGAAAUCUUCGAAUCACACAAAUAUCACGUACCGCAAGAACAAUCUUUCUCGACAAGAAGGAAAACACAAAAAACGAUAAUAAUAGAACGUCGAGUCCGAAAUAUAUUUAUUCGGAGAAAAAUGCGAACGAACAUCGAUCGAUCAGUAAAAAGAUCGACAAAUUUUCAAAUUCUAAUAAAACUCGGUCAAAACAUUCAGAACAACAGCAACGGCAACUGCAACAGCAACUGCAACAACAACAGCAGCAACCACAACAGCAGCAACCACAACAGCAAAUACAACAACAAAGUGGUUACUCAAGCAGCGAGGAAAGUAUAAUAAGAAACAAAUCAAAAAGUACAAGUUCGGCGGAUACUCAGUCAGUGAAUAAUAUAUUAGAUGAAUACGAAGACGAAAGGAUUAUAGAAUUUAGCGAUGUAGGAAGUACUACCUGUACGAUGAAUUUAAAAUCUGUAAAAAUAGAACAUCCGAAAAAAAAAGAAAUCCAGCAACCUCAGCAAUAUCAUCACAAUCGUCAAGAAAUAAAACGAACAAUUUGUAACAAUUCAUUUGCACAUCAUAAAGAAAAAUGUGAAUCGAUCUCAAAAGUUAAUCAACAGACACAAGUUAGACAGAGAUCACGCGAGAGAGGAAAAGAUUCAAUGAGAUAUUCAUCUUCGGCAUUGGCGUCAUCGCGACGAGUAUCGCCAUUGAUCGUCGACAAUAUCGAUCGAAUUGCAACGUCGAUGCCAUCCUCAAAGGGGAAUGAUGAUUUACCAAGAAAAGGCGAGGUUCAGAGACGCGUAGACGAAUGGUUGAGUCAAGCACAAUUACAAAGUUCCGUGAGCACGGCACGUGAGAAGCCAUUAACCAGAUCAAACAGCAGUGCUGAACGACGAAGUAGUCAACGAAGAUGUCAACGAAGUAGUCAAGAUCCAAGGUCGAGGUCAAUCGACGAGUCCACCGAACGAGCUAAUGGCGGAGCUUCCUCCAGUUACAACGACCUUACACGAACUAACCCAGAUCCAACCUCUUCUUCUUCAUCUUCCAAUUUUCUAUUCAAUAAAGAAACUUAUAAGGAUUAUUUGUUAAUUAAAAAUAAAACUAGACAACAGGAUUACGGAUUUAUAGCUUCCAACGGUGUUAACAGAAGAGAUAUCAGUCCAAAUACUUCAUCAAAAAUACCACAACGCGGUUCGAGUUUUAAACGAAACGAAUCUAAAAAUAAGAAAUUAUCUAAUUCUAAUUACAUCGAUGGAUUAUUAUCGACGAAUACGUCAGCUGUUUUAUCUAGAAAAUCAUCUUUUACAAAAUCUCAUUGUAAUGAUUAUAUUGAACCUUCUAAUACUACCGAACUAUCUUUGGUUGGCAAAAAAAAAGACGAUGAAGAUAAUUCGAAGGGUAGGAUAAUUGAAGAUGAGCGAAGAAUAAACGAGAAGCAGCGGAUCGCAAAAAUAAAUAAGGACGGUGAAAGUAGGGUUUGCUCGCUUACCAAGAGAUUGGAUAAAUCUUCGGAAGACGUGGUCCUGUGUAAAUCGAAUCUCGAGAUCGUUAAAAAGAAUAGUAUGGUAAAUCCAGAAGCUAAGGGUAGUCUCGUUAGCGUACAAGUACGCGUACCGUCUCAGGGUCAUAUCGAUUGGAGAAAAAUAAAUCCAAAUAAAGCAGCACCACCAGCACCGAUUUGUUCUAGAAAAGAGAGCAGCAGUGGUUCUCGUGUUAAAAAUCAAUGUUCGAUGGCCUUGAACGAAGAUUCCGGUUCGACGAGAUCGACUACUUUCAAGCCUAACGAAAUGCGAAAUUAUGCGAAAUCUGCGAAGCUUGUGUCAAAGGAUAAUAAUGCAACGACUAAUACAAUGAAAUAUAUUUCCACUUGUCCGUCGUCGUCGUCGUCGUCGUCGUCGCCUAAUCAUGUAGAAAAGAUUUACGAACGUAGCUUAGAACCGCAAGUGAUUUAUGCCGACGAUUUUCGCUCAAUUCUAAGACCAUCUUUACGUAUUUCUGCGUAUGGCGAACGCGAGGAAGACGAUUUAAAGAAAGGACGAAAGGAAGAAAAAGACGAAAAAGAAAAAGACGACAAAGAAAGAGAAAAAGAAAGAGAAAAAGAAAGAGAAAAAGAAAGAGAAAAAGAAAGAGAAAUAGAAAAAGAAAAAGAAACCGAGAAAGAUAUUUAUGGCAAGAUAGCAGAAAUGAGACAGGAGACUCUCGAGACUAUCAUGGAGGACGAUAGAAAAGUUGAAAUUGUUUGUGGGAAGGGAUCAGUGACCUUGGAUGAUUGGAAUGUUAUAGAUGAAAUGAAUUCGAUCGAUACCGAUGAGAAAUCAAUAGAUACGAGAUAUCAUCGUUUUUCGAGUAAACAGGAUCAAAAUGAAGAUAAAGAUAUUAAAAAUAAUAUAAUGGAGAUCGAUGAAGGUAGUUCCGAUCUUGAUAAAUUGUUCUCUUUUGCGAAUAAUGGUGAUGAAUUUGCAAUGAGGAAGUUCAAGGUCGAGGAAGAUACUCGACAAGUUAGGGCAAUGAUCGAGAACGAUCGAUCGAUCCUUUCGAAGGAAAAUAACGAGGACAGAUCGAGUGGUAUGGUGGUUAAGGAGAGCCUUAUGAAGAAUUUACAAUUUGAUGCUGGUUUACCGGCGAAAGUCGAACGUCGAAGCGAGUCGAAGUGUGGCGAUCAGCAAGGGAACAGGUCCAAGCUGUUCGACGAUCGAGUACAACUUGUUCAGAGGGACGAGAGAAAGGGGGAAGACGAGAACAAGAGUCAAGAAGAAAUGGAACACUUCAGGCUGAUGGAUUUGCUCAAAAAUGGCGACUACGAAACAAUCAAAUUGGAACUUGAAAGAAGUUCAUCGAGAGAGACAUUGUCGUCGCCGGUUGGAAACAGUCCGGUUUGUUGUCAACCAUGCAGUCCACCUUGCAGUCCACCACCAGCACCGGCUGCAUACAUAUCAAGUGCUCGUGCCUCUUCGAGAAGACUCACCACCGGAAGCGGGCUCGGACCUCUUCCGUCCCCGGAAAGAGAUCCUCUAGGAAGAUUACUCAGAUUCUUGAAAAGUUUCUACACGGAAUUAGGGAAACGCGAUCCACCUCAUAUGCCGGCAUGGGUUUGCCCUUUGCCUCUUGGAAGUCUUUGUCCGGCUCACUUCAAACCACACUUGCAAUUGGUGCAUAAAAGUGAACAGGAACAUCGUCUCGAGAACAUCAAGCCGGACCAAAUCUUCGCACCUGUCAGAUUAAGCGAUGGCACCGUAUCGGAAGCCCCCAGAAGAGUUGCGGUCGAAGGUGGUCCAGGAAGCGGAAGAACAACGCUGUGCUUACGUUUACUUUAUCAAUGGGCAAUACAAGCCGAAGGUCCAGCUUUGGCGUUCAUCGUACCGCUUCGCGAACUUCGUGGCAGUCCACUGUUAAAUUAUUUUUCCCGAGAACUUUUACCAAGAACAGCGGCUCUCGGGGAUGCCGUAGCUCAAGUUUGGCGUACGUUACACCUGAUGGAAGACCGGGUGCUCUUCGUAUUGGACGGUUACGACGAAUGCGUGGGAGGAAGAGCCUCUCUGGGGGAUGCGGCAGAUCUUUUAGAGGGACGAUUAUUUCCAGAAGCAAGAAUACUCGUCACUUGUUCGCCCAUCAAUACGGCUACUUUAUCGCCAUUGGUACAAAGAAGGAUCCACUUGGCUGGUCUAGAAUGGCCCCACGUCGAAAGACUCUGCGUUGCGUAUUUUAUUCACAACAACAUAGCAGGCAGGGCUUGCGAAUUUUUAGAAGCUUUGAACGUUCAACCGCAACCAGUCAAACAAUUGGGUCAACAUCCACUCGGUUGGAUCAUGCUUUGCUGUCUUUACCAGGAUUCAGGAAGUUUACCAAGAGAAACGAGCGCUCUCAUGCAUGCUGCCGUGAAAUGUAUCGUGAAGAGAAGCCUCGAGCCAGCCAUUCCCUACGAAGAAGAGAUUCCAGGACAUUGCAGGAAACGUUUGGAAGAGUUUGGCAAGGUAUCUCUUGCAGCCUUAAGGGAAGGAAGGUGUUGCUAUACCGAAGCUGAAAUAAGAGCGCGUGGUGGUGGCAUCGAAGUAACCAGGCUAGGCUUUCUUACCAAAGGAUUGACCCUUGGGCAAAGACGUAAACCGGAUCUCUUCACUCCUAUUCACGUAGCCGUGGCCGAGUUCCUUGCAGCUUAUUACCUCACCUCGGUCGCUCAAUACGCGAACAUCCUACGAAGAGAACUCGAGGGUUUACCUUCGGGUAUCAUAGGACAUCUCGCUGGUCUUUUAGGGCCGAAGACACACCUCAUUCUUAAUCAGCUUUGUCCUUUAGAAGUACCACCUAGAUCGGUAUUUUCAUUAUUGAAAGCAGCUGGUGCAUCGGACGGUAACGUUUCAGCCGUUUGUCGAUUAGUUGGUGCAGGUUCUGGUUUUGGGCCAGCUCCUAAUGAAAAACCAUCGGCACCUUUGGUACACACUUCACCUUUAGAACUGGAAGGUUGGUCCAAGAUACUUCAAAGCUCGGCUUGCACCAUCGAGGCUCUCGAAUUGGUCUUCCAAUUGGAAAGAGGAUUCGACACUAGAUAUCUCGACGAAUUCUUCGAUGCUCUAGCUACUAACGAGAGUGUUAAACUCGUAAGGAUUACCUCCCUCCUUGGCCAAGAAUUUCCGGCUGACGAAGCAUUAAGGCUGGCUGGACAUUUAAAGAGUGUGCUCGGAAAAAAGAAACUCAACGACUUUGAAUUGGUUAUCACCUGCCUCGAAGAAUCCGCGCAUGACAAAUUAGAAUGUGUGGUGAACGUGUUGUGUCGUGGGCUAAGUCAUGCUUCUAAUAGCUUGGCACGUUUGGUCCUCGACAUGAAUCUGUCCGGGGAACAAGUAUCACGGAUCUGCGAUGCACUUCGCGGCUGCGUUCAAGUACAGGCACUGCACUUGCCCCAUUUGGGUUGUGGCUCGGAGGGCCUCGCCUCCGUUGCUGAGUUGCUCAAGGAGAGACCCCUUCUUGCUCUCAAUCUAGCCGGAAGUUGGGGCUCUAAGAACGAAGAUCCUUCUAGUUCGGGAAUCAGUAUGGGUUCAGGUUCUGGAUCCGGUAGUAGCGGAUACGCCUCGAGCAUCCUCGGCACUCUUCCCUUAAAUCGUUGCUACUCUUCCUUACCGCGUGGUGCUUUGGCAGCUUAUGGAAGUUUAACCAGGCCAGCAACCUUACCAAGAUUACCUUUUGGAUUGGGUCUCGGGCUUGGUCCAACGACCGGUCAUGGACACGGACAUAAUACUAGCGGAGCUACCGGUUCCCCUGCUACUGGCCCUGCUGCUUCGACAGGAAACGAAAAUGCCAGUGCUACCGGAAACGCACCUUUACCGCAAAAUGAUAGCAAUGGAACUAGCAAGCGAAACAGCGACAGCGUACUUUGUCAUCGACCACCUCUUAUGCAUCCAUUACCUACUUGUGACGUCAGCAAUCAUCAGGGUACCGGAUUUCAUGAAAUCUUCAAUGCUAUUAGAGAGCCCAGCUGUAAGCUGAGAUCAUUGAACGUGUCUAAAUGUCUUUUGGGCGGCUUAGAUGCUAGCUGUUUAGGAGAAACAAUAAGAAAAGCGCGACACUUGGAUGCUCUUAGAGCUGCUGGUGCUUCGAAACCAGCUGAUGUUAUGCCGCUCGUCCUGGCCUUGACAGAGGCACCCUGUCUUCAACUUCUCGAUCUAGCUAGUCCAAGACUAGCCCUUGACGAUCAUCCAUCUAGACUUCUUUGCCAAGCACUCGCUAGGAAUACUACUUUAAGGCUUCUCAGUCUCGAGGGUUGGACCUUUAGAAUAGAAGAAUCUGAAACGCUAGCAGUAUUCUCAGAAUUACUGAGAUAUACGAACGUGAGGGAAUUGAGUUUAUGUAAUGCUCGGCUCCACCUGGCGGUCCACGAAGGUCCUCUCGCAAGAUUAGGACGUCGCGACGAUGCUGGUGCCGAGUUACUACGAGCUGCACCCCCUCCAGCUUGCCCUGCUAUAGUCUUUCUCAGACUAGCUGGAUUCCAGGUGACGGUAAACGAUCGACUGGCAUUACGCGGUCCUCUACUACUUCCAUUCCUAGCAGGCUUCACCGGUUUAAGCGAGCUUGACCUAUCGUUAGACAAAUCAGCCAUAGGAGGUAGCAGUGGAUCCUUAUUGUUCAUCGAUGAUAAAAUACUUCAACAAUUUUUUGCUUCUCUCUCUUCGCACUUCCGUAAUUUACAAUCAUUACGAAUCAGUUUCUGGCGUAUCAGUUUAGAAGACAGCGAAAGGACAAUGCGCCAAAUAGCAAAAUAUAUCAAACUUUGUAAUUUGAGUUUUAUCAAGAUGAAUGGCUUGAUCGUCACUGACAGCGCUAAAAAAACACAAAUGGAACAUGUUUUUAUUCAAACGAUUAUUAUGAAUCUUCAAUAUCUUACUUGGCUUUGUUUAGACGGUAUCGAAAUGACGGAGAAACAAGCAUCGAGCAUUGGUAAAUGUACGAGAGAUCGUUACACGGGCAGUUCUUUUGAGAUUAGUGCUAAAGACGUUAAUGUAAAAUCGGUCAAAGCAUUCGUAGCAGCCAUCGAAGAAGGUGGCAAAGCUGAAGUUGUUUAUACCGGCGGUUCCAAUUGUCGAUUGAAAAUUACUAUGUUACAGAAGAGUGGUAAAAACAAAAAGAAGUGAAUACGAUAAAUAAAAAAAAAAGGAACAAGAGUCAGAAUUUUAAAUGAAAAAUUAAAUACGAACAGGUUGAAUCCUGUUGAAGUAGAAAUGUUCCUAGCAAGGCAUAUUAAAAAAAAGAAAGCUACUAUUAAUAGAAUAGAAGUGAAAGUCGAAAGCGAGUUGAUGAAGAAUUAACAAAGGAAAUAUAUAUAUAUAUAUAUUGAUUUUUACGUUUCUUUUUUAAGAGGACAGCCUUUUUUAGUAAACAGUUGUUUAGAUUUUUAUUUUUUUAAAUAAAUAGUGCACAGGAGAUAAGAAUUGGGACCAGAAUCUCCAGGUCCUCUAAAAAAUGAAUGCUGAUGAUGACGAUGAUGAUAUUUAUUUCCUCAAAUUAUUCAAAGAUUAAUUGUUUGAUAAAUAAAAUAAAUAAAGUAGAAUUUUUUGAGAAAAAGAAGAAAAAAAGAAGGAAAAGAACAACUGACUCGAUACGGCUUCAUUAAUUACCUAGAGAACAUUUUUCUUUUGUUAGUUCUAUUUCUUGUCAAAAAUCGUAGCUAUUAAUCAUAGCAAGACCAAGAUUAAUAAUAAUACAUGCGUCUUAUUUUCUCGAUUGGAAUGUUUAUUAAAGAAGAGGCUGUUACGACUGCGAUAAUUAUUACGUUCAUCAUUGUUAGAUGGAUUGUAUAAUAAGAUACGACUCAGAGUAAUAUAUUAUUAUUAUCAUUAGUAUAUUAUAUCGUCGAUAUUAUUAAAUGUUGUAUAUGGAAGUUACGAUUGAAAAUUAAGAAAAAAUAAAUAAAAAGAAAAUAAAGUAAAAAGAUAAAAGAAAAGAGGAAAAAAGAGAGAUAAAAAAACAGGUUUAAGGCAAGUGACAUAUUGUUGGAAUUUUAGAGAAAUUUUAUAUUAUAAAUUUUAACCCUAAUAAAUCCAAGAUAGAUAUGAGAGAGAGAGAGAGAGAGAGAGAGAGAGAGAGAGAGAGAGAGAAAGAGAGAGAGAAAAUCAAAAAGUCGAUAAAUUGUAAUUUUAUGAGAUAUAUAUAUACACGACGAUUCGUCUGUAUGUACAGUUACGAGAUAUACCGUUCGAAGAAGAAACUGCCAAAUCACGUCGUAGAAUUAACGCGUAGUUAAUAAUAAUUAUACCUUGUGGUAUUUCUGAGAUAUUUCAGAACACUAAGGUGAGAUUAAUAAUUCUCGAUAUUUGGCUUAAGUAUUCGAUCAUUUGCGUACCAAACGCACAAACCAUACUGCCAUAGAUCCGAUCUAUUAAAAACAAAUUGCAUUAGAAAAAAGAUCAAGAAACAUUAAUGGAGAAAGAGAAGAUGAUUCAACAUAACUUAUAAUUAUUUUUUAUUCAGCUUUCGUCAGAUUUUAUUCUAUAUAUGUUUCUUCUAACAUUUUAAUAUCCGAGUGAUUUUACAAUGGUAGACCUUUUAUCUUUUAUUUAUCCUUAGACAUAUAUUAACGCAUACGUUCGUUAUUAUUCUAUAUCAUAUAGAUAGAAAAGAAUUUUUCUAUUAUCUGCCACGUACAAAACAUCAUUAAUAAUCAUAACAUUAAAAGAAAAUUCCU